CCCGCUCAUGAAAUAUUCUGCGCAUAUCUGAGUCGAAUCCAGCAUCACGCGCGUCAUGCGCAGCCGAUACCACGCCAUGACCAACCUAAUACACGCUGCUGACGGAGAAGGGAGAGAUUGAGGGGCGGCACGAACGCAUGCUGCGCGAAGGCACAUGCUGCUGCGAGGAAGGCACAAAGACAACAGAUCAGCUAUGCAAUUGCAACUUCUUCAAAGUUGCGCCUGUGGUUGCUAGACGUCUGAGACGUAGGAGCAGCCUCGACAUGAUGUAUGCGUUCGGAUCACACGUGACAACUUCAGGCGCCGGCCUCGAGUCAUUGCUAUGGCACCUGCCGCCCCACGUAAACGAAGCGCGCGCGCUGAUAUCCUGCUCUCAGCUUCCCCUGCAAGACCAUAGCGUACGCGUGCAAGUCACCCAAUGCUACCAUGGAAGAAGAGGAUACCCACGAGUCUUACAUGUACAUGUCGCGUGUACUGCGUCGCUUGCCUUGGAUGGUAUGACCAUGGGCCGCGACUCGGCUUGGUAUAUGGAUGCGAAGAUCUCACACACUGCAAUCACGCCAUUGCGUUUAGUGAGGUCGCAUAGACUGUAGCUUCAUGUGCGAGGAGCGUUGCCACCUCAAGGGGUCCAUGAUAGUCGAGCAAGCUGAGAACUCGACGCGCGGGUAAGACACACGAUAACCACUAAGUCAUCUCGACCUUCAUCAACAAAACUCUCCAGGCCAUACCAUGACGUCAUAAUCCGCCGCGAUCGCGGCCCAGUCACCGCGUACCCCUUUGAAGGAA